UUUCUUUCGUUGCAUUCAGAGUAGAGUAGAACUCGGCGCGGUCAAGUUUGUUGUGCGCGGUGAUAUUUACAAUUAAAGAUAAUACAAAUUUAUUUAUUUAAUUUAUUUACUGAUAAUUACAAGACAUGAGCGAGCAAAAGUACUUGAACUUGAACAAUGGCUUGCGGAUGCCAAUACUUGGUUACGGCACCUGGAUGGCUAGUGAGGAAGAAAUCAUUACUGCUGUAAAUGAAGCGCUCAAGGUGGGCUACCGUCAUAUUGAUACAGCACCGGUAUAUUUAAAUGAAAAGGCCAUUGGGAACGUGUUAGCCAAGUGGUUUUCUUCGGGAAAAAUAAAGCGAUCCGAUUUAUUCAUCACUACCAAGUUACCAGCACCAGGUGCCGACAGACCCGAUCUAGUUGAACUGACAUUGCGAAAAUCGCUUGCGGAUCUGCAGCUAGAUUAUGUCGAUUUAUACUUAAUACACACGCCCAUAACUGUGGUUGUAGACGAGAAAGGUGCUUUCAAGCACCAUGAAGAUGGAACCGUAAUUAUUGAUCCCAGCACGGAUCUCGUAGCUAUUUGGAAGGAAAUGGAAGGUCUGGUCGCAAAAGGCCUAACCAAAUCGAUUGGAAUUUCAAACUUUACUAUAAAACAAAUCGACAGGAUCCUUCAGAACUGCACCAUCAAGCCGGCAGUCUUGCAGAUCGAAUAYCACAUUUAUUUGCAACAACCCGAACUAAUCGAGUUUUGUAAAUCUGCAAAUAUUGCCGUGACCGCCUACUCGCCACUCGGCUCCAAAGGUGUGGGUACCUUGAAUAAGCGGGCCGGCGUGGAACGUGAUUUACCCGAUUUGCUAGAAGUGCCCGUGGUCAAAGAGAUCGCGCAAAMCCAUAGCAAAAGUGRGGCACAAGUGUUGCUACGUUGGAUUGUGCAAAAAGGUAUAUCAGCUAUACCAAAGAGUACCAAUCCUAAACGCAUGUUUGAAAAUAAGAAUAUCUUUGAUUUCAAAUUGAGUGCGGAGGAAAUGGAACAGCUCAAUAGCUUGGAUGCAAAUAUACGUGUGGUGAAUUUCUCAUUUUUCCCAGGCUUUGAAAAGCAUCCAGAAUUCCCCUUCUAAGCGUUUUGGUUACGUGUGGCAAACAAUAGCCGAUUUACUUUCUUAAUAUGUAUGAAUUAUUGUACACAGUUACACAUGAAUAGACAGAAUAGACAGACCCUGGGGUGCGCACAUAAAAUAGUUUAGAAAACAACAACAAAAUAAACACAUUAUUAAAUCGCUUCAGCAACUGGCA